AUGGUGGCCUUGAAAGGAGGGACUAGACCGCCAUGGGUGGGGCUUGGAGCUGCAGUUUGGGUCCAAAUAGCCGCUGGGAAUGCAUACAACUUCCCUCUCUACUCGCACUCUCUAAAAUCUGUUCUGGGUUUCAAUCAGCACCAGCUCACAAUGCUUGGAGUGGCCAAUGAUAUUGGUGAGAGCAUUGGGCUCCUUCCGGGCAUGGUCUGCAACAAGUUUCCACCUUGGGUUGUUCUUUCGAUCGGUUCUUUUGCAUGCUUCUUUGGCUAUGGUGUUCUCUGGCUUGCCCUUAGCGGUACUGUUGAGUCCUUGCCUUACUGGGUGUUGUGGAUUGCGCUUUGUGUAGCGACCAAUAGUAGUGCUUGGUUCAGCACAGCAGUUCUUGUAACUAACAUGAGAAACUUCCCUCUCAGUCGGGGCACUGUUGCUGGUAUUAUCAAAGGUUAUGGAGGCCUCAGUGCGGCAGUGUAUACAGAGAUUUACAGUGUUAUGCUUCACAAUUCCUCUUCUGAGCUUCUGCUAUUCCUUGCACUUGGCGUUCCUACAUUGUGUCUCAUUAUGAUGUUUUUUAUUAAGCCAUGCAUUCCUGCUUCCGGGGAUGAUUCUGCAGAGCAUUGGCAUUUUCUUUUCACCGAAGCCACUAGUGUUGUAUUGGGCUUGUACCUUCUCACAACAACAGUUUUGAACAAAGUGCUUUCUUUAAGUGGUCCCAUUUCUUAUACUUUUCUGCUCAUAAUGGUGCUCCUCCUUAUGGCUCCACUUGCUAUCCCUGUUAAGAUGACAUUCUACCCCUCAAAUCGCAGCAAGUCGGGGGCACUUGGUCAACCACUUGGGUCUUCGGACCAUGUAAUUCAAGAUGAUUGCAAUGCAGAGAAAACAGAACCAUUGCUGACACCAUCUUCAUCAGCGACAAACCUUGGAAGUCUUCACGAAAGUGAGAGUGUGUCAGAUGUAGACACACUUCUUGCUGAGGGUGUAGGAGCAGUGAAGAAAAAGAGGAGACCUAGAAGAGGAGAGGAUUUCAAGUUCGGAGAAGCUUUGAUCAAGGCUGAUUUCUGGCUUCUGUUCUUGGUUAACUUUGCUGGGGUUGGCUCUGGGGUUACUGUUCUCAAUAACCUGGCCCAGAUAGGGAUAGCUCAAGGUGUUCAGGAUACAACAAUCCUGUUAUCCCUCUUUAGCUUUUUCAAUUUUGUGGGUCGUCUUGGUGGCGGUGCUGUUUCUGAACAUUUUGUUAGGUCGCAAACAAUCCCAAGGACAAUUUGGACGACUUUCACACAAAUAAUAAUGAUCUUUACCUAUGUUCUUUUUGCGUCUGCCAUUGAUGGUACUCUUUAUGCUGCAACUGCAUUGCUCGGAAUCUGCUAUGGUGUCCAAUUUUCUAUCAUGGUCCCAACAGCCUCCGAGCUUUUUGGUUUGAAGAAUUUCGGAAUAAUUUUCAAUUUCAUGUCAAUUGGGAAUCCUGUUGGUGCUUACCUUUUCUCGGGUCUCCUUGCUGGAUAUAUAUAUGAUAAUGAGGCAGCAAAGCAGCAAGCCGAGUCUUGUUUGGGUCCAAGUUGUUUUAGACUCACCUUUCUGGUUCUGGCCGGCCUCUGUGGUGUGGGUGCCAUACUUAGCAUUUUUCUUACUCGAAGAAUUAAGUCUGUUUACGAGACACUUUAUGGUGGGGGCUCCUUCCAGCUGCCUCAGAUUCAAAGUCAAAGUUCAAAUCACUGAGAUGUUUGGAAUGAAGUGUGAGUAGAUCUUUUCUUAAGCCAUUGCUGAAUCAUGUCUUUGUUUUCCCCUUCAGCUUAACAAGUUUGGGUUUCUUGAACUUUGAAUCAAUGUGGUGCAUUAUGCAUGUGAGGGCACCAGGUCUUCAUAUGACUACGCAUUGAGUCUCUAAUCCAUACAUGUGAUAGUUGUUUUACUCAUAAUCUUGAUUAAUAUUGUAAAACAACAGAAUGUUGGGUUUUGGAAGAAAGGCUGCUAUUUUUAACACAUAGCUCCCAGAUGCAUCCCAACAAGAUAUCUGUGCUACUAGUGCAUCUGCUUUUGAUAUUUUAUCUGUGGUUUGGUACAUGAUACUGUAUCUUUUCAUUACAUGUGCAUGUAAUAAGAAAAUGUGAUCUGUCAGGCAUCAUUUAUUUUGAAAAAGAUACUUCAAUGGCUGAAUGGAUGUGAAACUAAAAGGG